AUGAACGCUGAUCCGAAAGCGGUGGAUCAUGAAGGUCGAUCAGCGCUGUGGUACGCCACAAAUUCGAAAUCAAAGGAAUGCGCCGAUAUCCUGCUGCAAAACGGUUGCAUGUUUGACAUAAUUCAGACCCCGACGACCAGACGAACGCAGAAGGAAGGUGGUACUCCAAACGUCAUCGACCCUGCGACGACCAGACUCGGGCAGCGGCGAUUUUCGUCGCCCGCCGAAGAGUACUAUGCGAAGAACUGCAACGAUGUAUUCGAAAACUUGCCGGCCAGCGUCAUCUAA